AUGGACAACCAAAAGUCUAUGGCCCAAUUGCUCUCCUUGGGUAUAGUAAGGCCUAUCCCAGAAGAAUCUUCGCAGGAUCGUGGUCUCAACAACUACCAGAAGAUUGGCUUCGGACAGUGUGGCCUCAUUUUCCACAAGAAUGGAGUUGAAACUGUCAUCAAAGUGGCCAAGCCAUUCUUCCAAGACUCCCUUUAUGCAGACUCCCUUGCACAUAAAGCAGUCCAAGCUGCGUUCGACGAACAGCCUGAAGCACCUAUAUGCCGUCUGCUAAACUUUCAUAGCUACCAUGCGGAAAAAAGUGUUUGGUGGGAGGAUAACGAAACGCUGUUAGCAGAGCAGCAUCCCACGUUUCCUCUACCAUCAUCAGUCCUUAUAUCGGAGUACAUCCCACCUUUACCUCAGAUAGUCAGGGAAGCACUCAUCGAACGCUACUGCCCAAAAAUCAAACAUGAGGAUGCACUGAAGGACCCUCUGAACCAUCACUGUUUGGCUAGGGUAUAUCUCGGCCGACGCCGGAUUCCCAGUCAACCAUUGCAGACAAACUUUUCACUCCGGAACUUCAAUCUUCAUCUAGAUCAAAUGAUCGAGAUGCAGUUACCGGUAGUAAAGUAUGCUGAGGCUAUUGGAGAGGCGUUGGCUAUCCUGCAUUGGGGCGCUUGUAUAGACGCUUACGAUGUCGAAUUCGUGCUGGGCAGUGAAGUCUUGGGCAAGACGGAAGCAACCACACAGAUGUGGGUUCUUGACUUUAAUCUAUGUUCUCGACUUGAUAAAGAAGUUGCUAUGGAGCAUCCUGAUCGAGUCAUUUAUCAGCUGGUGGACUCAUUCUUUGAGAACGAUCCAUACUAUCCACGUCCUGGUUCGAAUGGAGAGAUGGAAGGACAACUUUGGGACAGUUUCAAGACUGCAUAUAUUUUGAAAGCCGAGACAGUGCUCUCUAUGAGUAAUUCCCAUGCUACUUUAUUGCGACUUCCUCGGAAAUUCAUUGAGGCUUGUAUCGACCGCGUUGCCAAAAGCCUCUCGACUUCUCAUGAGAUAUAG